CUAAUCAAAAGAGCAAAAAUGCCGAUCUAUAAUGAAGUUUGGGAGGAAGAGGGUAUCAUAUUACCUGUUAUAUUAGAUUUUAUGUUUAGAAACAUGAUAAAUCUAUAAACAUUAACAAAGAAUCAUGUAAAGCUAUUAGAUAAUCUGAAAUUUGAGUUUGUUGAAUAUAAAGUAAUUUCUUUAUAGAAUUGCAGGCUAAUUAAUUAUUGGCUUGCCAUCUUUAUGAUAGAAUGGCUCAACACUGCAAGAAUCAAUUCGGUCUGUUUGAGGAUUCAUAUGUACCAGAAUGCUUAGAUGCUAGAAAUUAUUUCUAAUUAUGUGUGAGAAUGAAUGCCUCUUAUGGACUGGCCAAAAAAUAUUUCCCAGAGUAAUCAUAUCAGAGUAUAUUAGAUAUUUCUUAACCAAUGAGUACUCAAGACCGAAUCCUAAUUUUAAAGAAUUAGGACUUUGAUCCUUGAUACAAAUACAUAUAUUUAUUAUUAUAGCAAUUAUCAAC